ACACACAGAGAAGGUACAUCAUGGCUGGUAAGCGCCCUCGUCCGCCUGUUCAAGUGGUUGUUGCGCCCUCAAUACCCUCCCCUUACGAGUACAAAUUGCAGCUUCAACGGGAGCAAGGAGAGCGACAAGAUGAGGCAGCCAAUGGUUCAUAUAAACGCGCCCGCUCAGGUGGCGCUUUGUCUAAUGGCAACAAUGCGGCAGAACGGGCAGAGUUUAAGAAGAUGUGGAAGAGCGUGAUGGAUCUCGGAGCCAUGCAAUUGACGGGCUACGAGAAAAAAGCCUACGAUGCACGUCGGAUUGUCGAGUUGGGAGGCAAAGCACCCGCGGCCAUCAAGACUCCAUUCAAUAUUCUGAUGGGCAAACGUGCAAAAGCAAAACAACGUGAUGCACGCCGUGACAAUGACAUUCGCGAAUCGGGUGUGGUCGUGGCAAAAAAGCGGCAAUCUGCGGCAGCACUUGCAAACCAGAUUCUAGACGAUGGCGGUAGACGGAAGCAUGACAGUAGCGGCAAGAUCGGUGAGACGCCUUACCCUGUACUCGGGAAGAUGAAAGGUGGAACUUUAUUUUUGAACAGGGGGACCAUUCAGAGAGCGACGAUGGCCAAACGGGGGGGAAGAGGUGGUGAUAAGAGAGGUGGGCGUGGGAGGGGAGAGGCAG